AAGAUUAGCAAAAUAAAUUCUGACAACAAAGGAAAGUUAGAAGUGAACCACGUAGUUGGUUCAAAGUCAUUUGUGCGACUUUAUCACGACAUGCGAGAUUCCGUCAUUGGCCAAGAGCUCGGACCAGUAGACCUCUACAGAGGGACUCACUGUCGGCAGGUGAUGGGAUCUUGGGUACAUCCUACAGCCAACAAGAAUUGGGCGGCGAUGGACACCUUACGCAGUCAGCCCACUCCCGAUGGUACUCAGCGGAGUGAGCCAGAGAUCCUUAGUGAGGUGCUUGGCACCCGUUCUGGAUAUGUGCGUGGGCUUGGCCAUGGUUCCAAGCUCAUGGCACCCGCUAAAGCUGCCUCCAUCCGAUCCAUCGUCGUUGGUGACAGCACCGUACGCCGAGCUGAUAUCGCAGAUAGAGAGGUUUAGCAGCUACGGGUCGUCAUCCAUGACAUCAGAGAGCAGCUGGAGAGGCAGAGUGAGUAGCUGGAGAGGCAGAGGGAGAGCAGGUGAUGUAGAGGGAGGAGCAGGAGAGGAGGAUGGAGGAGCUAACGAGGUAGAGGGAGGAGCAGGAGAGGAGGAUGGAGGAGCUGACGAGGCAGAGGGAGGAACAGGAGAAGACGAGGAUAGAGGAGCAGGCGAGGUAGAGGGAGGAGCAGGAGAGGAGGAUGGAGGAGAUGCGGGUGGAGCAUGAGCGACGGAUGAUGAAGAUAUUUCAGGCUCUCGCUGCACGCUUACCCACCAAUGCCCCACCACCUCCGCCUUCAUCUUUGUGAUUUUUUGUAUUUUUAUUUAUGAUGUUAAACUUAUAUAUAUUUAUGCGUGAAUGAAUGUGAUGUGGAUAAGAUUAUUUGUAUUUGGAUAAAUGUAGUUUAUGUU